AUGGCUGAAGCUCAACAGGUCACGCAAAACGUCUGCCAGCGGUACCUGAAGAAGGAUAGCCUGCAGACGGUUCUGGAACGCCUCUUCCCCGGCCAGACGGACUUUAGGAUCCGCUUGCGAGAAGACCAGUGGUGUUUCACUGCUCCGAGGACGGUCACGGAGGCCGAGAUCGAGUACGUCGUUGACACGGAUGAAUCUGCUCGGUCAGAGCCCAGUGACUUCUGGGACACCCUGGGAGAUUCUGUGUGCCAGCGCAACUCAUGGAGGCCGCUCCAAAUCACGCGUGCCAUGAUGUCGGCCAUGAUCAACGCCCAUGACCUGAGUCCAUCGUUAUGGAACGUCGCAUCGUGCUUCUACACUCGCAAUCUUGACCUGGAGGACGCCUUUUGCGUUCCGUUGACGCUUUCCACCACUGGACCAUGGAUUGAAAUUUCCUAUACGAUCCGCUACCCCGAGUUCAAAGAGGCCGACAAGGAGUGGACGAUGCGACAGAGUGGCGUGUGUCACCGCGUCAACACGGAGACCCGACAGAGCGUCUUCAUCUUGCUGAACCCAAAACCGAAUGCCAAGGGCCAGUUGCUCAUCGAGAAGCACCUCUCGUCACGAAUUGAUGGAAGAGCAACCGAUGGACUUUUAUCAAUGCACCAGGUCCUGCUCAGCGGAUAUCUCCCCGCCUGGAGGCAGUACAUUGCAUCGUAUGAAGCCCAGUUUCUUCCCAUGGCAAACAGCACAUUCGCCACGUACAUUGACGAGCCUCUACGCUUGGGGUACGACCAUUUGAUCAGCAUGGUAAAUCUCGAGAACCGCUUCAACAAGACCAUAAGCCUACUCGCAGCUACCAUCGGCCUUGUCUCAGACUUGCACGCGCUGCUCAAUGUCCACGCCACAAUACCUGCCUCGUCAGAUGACAGCCACACCGGCAUCGUGUUUGACAACCAUGCGCGCCAGUGCGCGGCCUUCUCUCGCACGGCAACAUAUCUACAGCAACGCGUCCAGACAGCCGCCCAACUUCUCGCCAACACCCUGUCCUUUCGAGACCAGGUCAUUGCCAAGGAGCAAAGCGGGAACAUGCUUCAGCUGAACAAGUCAGCCGUGUUCAUCACCACACUGACACUGAUUUAUGCGCCGGCUUCAUUUGCUGCAGUCAGUAUUAUGCCUAUCCUGAUGCACAUGUUCCGUGUGGCCACGACAUGGACUGACCAAAGUCAGACAUUUUUUGGCAUGAACUUUUUCGCCAUGGACCAACCCAACAGUCGCAUCAUCUGCACAUCCAUGAUAUGGAUCUACCUCGUUGCCACCGUCGUCAUCACCGGUCUCACAGUCGUCUUUUACUACUGGCUCAUCCAACACGACGGCGUGCUCUUUUGGCGACUCGCUCCAAAGGUAAAGGUCAAUGCCGACUGGAGGGCCCUGGCGCGGCGCCUCACCAAACUAGACCAAAACGUUGAGCUCAGGGACAUGUAUCGAUCGGUGUAG